ACGAAAAGACGCUCAAGGCUCAUUUUUUUUUUGGCUCAUCUUUACAACACACACCAUCAAGAACCAUUUCUUCCAUGCAUGACGAAACUAAAUGCAUUCAUAACGCGUAGACACCAUUCGAACUUUCCUAUCAUAUCAAAACAAUUCUGAACCUUUUUGAGCCCUUUCUUCUCCACUCCCAACAGCGCCCCUUCAUCAUCGCACAUUCUCUCAGGCCUCAAUAAGCCACCUAUUACAUGAGCAUGCUAUAUCCUGCCCAUUUCAUCCACUCGCCCAGUCGCAGAACACGCAACUUGGGAGCUAGUGAAGAUAUUGCAGUCACGAUAGCAGGUACCCCAGUACCUGUGAUGAUUUCGUCUUCAAGCGGAAGAACUGGAACACGCAUUUCGGGAUUUAUGGAAGAGGAAUUUUGAGUAGGUGUUACUACUUCUUUCGUGAUUGAAUUGGCGAUCGAUAUGAACGAGACGCUUGUUUCGAGAAGAAGAAUAUGAGGGCAUGGCGAGCAAGCGGCAAGUGCCCAGUAUAAUUUUGUCCGUGGUUGAGACAUGACUGCGGGCAUUGGAAUGAAGAAUGAGUAUCGACUUCGGGCCGAUAAAGAGGAGUGAGCUGUUUCUCACGAAGGACGCAAGUAUGGAAAAUUUGCUUUGGUGUUAUUCUUCAAUUGGGGAGCUUGAGUGACAGGUUUUUGUACUUGGAAGUCUGGGGUAGUUUCUUUUGUUUCGAUUUGAAGUCGUAUCAUCCAUGCAAGGUAAUGAGUUCUGUCGAAGGGCUUUCGAAGCUUCAUUUUGAUUUCUCAGAGAUCCAGAAGUUAGAAUGGAAAGAGACGAAGAGAGAAGUCUCUUACAUCGUCUUACCAUUGAUUUAGCCCGCUUCCGAUUUCACCAGCGCUGGGCAUGAAGUAGGAAUGGCCAAUUCUAUCAAACUGACUUACAUUUUGCUAUUCAGAGCGAAAAGAGAUCCGCAACGAAUUCGAUCAUUGUAUGCGUCUAGGCUUUAGCUGGAAUCCGACAUUUCCAUGGCCGACCAGUGUUUUUCCAGUAGUCCGGACUACAUUUCUACUUUAAGAGACUUUUGGACACUGAAGCGAUUUCGAACGUGCACUUCGUCUGAAUGAUUCAGUUUAUUUUAAUAUCUACGCAUUUUCAUCGUGUUCAUGUUUUACUGUGGAUUUGCAUAUUUGAUUACGUAUUUACUUCCUUUCAAUCAUCACAAGUCCUUUUGUCUAACCCCACCCAGGAUCCUACACUGCCAGGAUGUCCAAUAAUCCGGGGGCUAGGAGAACUAGAUCUAAGCCUUCAAUGUUUGAAAAGUUUGAAAGGGGUGGAAUUGAGAAAAAAGUAAUUAUUUCCUGGUGACUAGGCUAUCACGAUGAGACAUCUUUUUUCGAAUCUCAGUGAGCGUGGAUGGAAUUGAUUUUUGAUUAUAUAGAUGACGCUGAGUUUAUAAUCGCCUGAUUGAAGUCGGAUGUAGUGAGUGAACCCCAUCGAAAUCUUGAGUUACAGCAGAUUUGACGAGUCUAGGGGUGCAAGAAAUCUUAGGAUGGUAGUGAAAAUUUAAGGAGUGGCACAUUACUAAAGCAUGGAGUUGAGUAUAAAUGAGGUGAAAAAACACAUGAUUCCGCUCACGCUUGUCUCAACGGUGAUCCUCCUCAAAUGAAGCAUAUCCACAUCGCUCUCUUCGUGUAUUGUGCGAGUUUAAUCCUCAAAUUGCCUCGACCCAGUCAUUUCAAAGGUAAUAC